UCGCGAUCGUGUGUGUUGCAUCGUACAAUUUAGUGUCAUAGCAUCGUUCGACCUAUCCGCGUUCGAUCUACAUAUCCUUCCGAUCAACGGCGACCGAACAAAUGAAGCGAGAGAUCAGAUACUCGUUGAUCUUAGCUUGCAUGGCUGUUGUCCUCUCCUUAGGCAACCAUGUCGAAGCUAAGAUACUGACAGAGUGUCAAGCUGUCCAAGAGUUGACCAAAGCCAAAAUCUCGAGGAGUUUGAUCAGUAACUGGGUCUGCCUGAUGGAGAGCGUCAGCGGAUUGGACACGCAACUGGUCACCGGCCCGAAGACAGCCUCUAGCUAUAAUUACGGGAUCUUCCAGAUCAGCAGCUUGAAAUGGUGCUCGAGGGGACGUACCGGCGGGCUUUGCAACAAACGGUGCGAGGAUUUCGCCAACGACGACAUCCAGGACGACAUAGAAUGCGCGAACAAGAUUCAGAACACGGAAGGAUUCAAGGCGUGGGAGGCUUGGGUGAAGAAGUGCAAGAAUAAGCCGUUGCCAAAUAUUGGAAAUUGCAGGAGGCGACGUGAUAUUGACUCGAGUGAUAAGAACAAUGAGUAAAGUUACGUCACUGAGGAGAGGAGGUUAUUGAACUAUGGGGUGGUGGCGGUAUUAUUACGAGUGUAUAUACAUGUAUGUACAUACGCUGUACUGUUUUUUGUAUAUUGUAAGUAUGUUAUUAUUCGUCGAUCGUUAGAUACGAUAUAUGAGGAAAUCGGGGGGCAUGGAACAAGGAAGUUCCACAAUGGCUCGGAAUCGUGAUUCGACGUUUAUGAACGAGUUCAAAGUUCGUACGAGUAUUACGACGUAUAAACCAAUCAAUGUCCCGCUGAUAAGCACAAUGAAAUUAUACGUGUAUGCAUUUUCGUAUAUCGUCGAACGCAGUGGAUGAAAUAUACGGUAUGUUG